ACUUUGCUUUGUUAUAUAUUUUAUCAAGCGUGUUAAAUUAUUUCAUUAUUUUUUAAGUUUAAAAUGCCACCGAAAAAAGAAGCGGCGAAAAAAGACGAUCCUGAGGAACAAAUGCGCAAAAAGUUUCGCGCGAAAUGCCAGUUUCGUGCGCUCGGACGGUUUGUGCUCGAGAACCGGUACUGGCUCAUAGAGGGCGUUGACGAGUACGAGGGUUUGGACGACGUGAAGCGGCGGGUGGAGCAAGCCGUUAGAAGCAAGCAUAAGAAGAAACAGUUGCUGAACAUAAACGAUAAAGCAUUACUGAACAAGUUUGCGGAAGAGCGAACACCGCAAGAACAGCAAUAUCUCUACCGCAUUUUGGGUGGUUUGAAGUGCUUCAAACGUUAUCCUAAUCACGUGAAGAGAAAACUCGCAGCGGCGACAUACUUCAAGUACUACGGUCCGAACCGCGUGAUCGUACGUCAGCACCACGAGGCCCACGCCAUGUACUUCGUAGUGACCGGAGACGUGACCGUCAGCCAGCUGGUGUACGACGACCUGCUGCAGCAGCACGUGUCGGUCGACGUCGGCACCAUGGCCGCCGGAGACAUGUUCGGAGAGGUGUCGCUGCUCCAUAAUAUACCGAGGACUGCUACUGUCACUACCAAUGGUCACUGUGAGUUGUUGGCGUUGAUGAAGGAAGACUUCAAGAAUGUGCUGCAGGAAUCAUUGCAGAAGCAAUGGGACGAGGUUCGGCGCGCUAUGUCAGCGUUCACUUACUUCGACAGUCUCGAUGAGGUUGCCCGGCGCGAAGGCUGUAUAGUAGCGAAAAUGAAGUCAUACGCGCGGAACGAGACUUUGCUGGGAGACGGAAUAGGAGUGGCGAAUUUCGUGUACUUCGUACUGUCCGGGCGCUGCCAGAUGAUCGAGUCGCUGCAGGUUAUCGUCACUAAGAACCUUGGCCGCAGCCACUAUACGUUGUACGAUCCCUAUAUACCUGAAGAGGAAAGUGAAAAAGAUUUAGAGGAAAAAUGGUUUGCGGCCUAUAAAAAUAGGAGAAGUACUCUUGAAGAUAAAUCUGAGACGGAUGCAGCCACAUCUCAGUAUAGAUCAAGCAAAGGGGUUUUGAGAAGCAGUCGCUUGUUGAAAACAGGAAGUGAGACCAAGGGAAAGCAAUCGGUCACACUCGUGGACGUGGCACCGAGCAGGUCGACUUAUGAGAAAAGCACUCAGGAUUUUCUGCAUCCUAGUGAACACAGACAGUCUGUCAGAGUAAGUAUGGCCAUCCCCGUUGAUUCACAAGAGGAUACCAAGAAGACCGAACAGCUGCGAUCAGCUGAUUUAAGAACAUAUUUCAUGCAGGUAUGCAUCUUCAACCCUGGGUCCACGUUCGGUUUCGGCGAGAACAUGCGCGACCGGCGCAUCGUCGCGCUCACGCCCGUCGACUGCAUGCUGCUGCCCAAGGUCUGGCUGCUGCAGCGGAAUACUGCCAACAUCUGGACACGGAUACAGCACUAUCUCGAGAAGAAGAUUCCCACGAAGCAUAAGCUGUUCAAAGAGUUUGUGACAGGGCGCCGCUGGCGGGAGUACCGCGACCAAGUGGUAUCGGACGUGGUGGCGCGCUCCAAUGCUGUCAACUUCACCACUGUGCACGACGUGCCUUACUCGAUACGCAUGGAGGAGAUGCUAGAUAUUUAAGCUUUUUUUUAAAGUGAAAUUAUGUAAUUUCUGUUUAGUAAUGUAAUUUUAUUUUAGUUAAUUUUCGAAUAAAUUGUAUUAAGUUGUA